AUGUCAUCCUCUUUACAAUUGUUAAAUCCAAAGGCGGAAUCCCUUAGAAGGGCUGCUGCGCUUCGUGUUAACAUUGCAGCUGCUCAAGGUUUACAACAAGUUUUAGAAACAAAUUUAGGUCCAAAAGGUACUUUGAAAAUGUUGGUUGACGGUUCAGGUAAUAUCAAAUUAACAAAAGAUGGUAAAGUCUUGCUUAGUGAAAUGCAAAUUCAAAAUCCAACAGCUGUUAUGAUUGCCAGAGCUGCUUCAGCUCAAGAUGAAAUCACCGGUGAUGGUACUACAACUGUUGUAUUAUUAGUUGGUGAAUUAUUAAAACAAGCUGAUAGAUUCGUAUCGGAAGGUGUUCAUCCAAGAAUCAUCACUGAUGGAUUUGAAAUUGCAAGAAAGAACACAUUGAAAUUUUUAGAUGAGUAUAAAAUUCAAAAAGAUUUAGAUCGUGAAUUAUUAUUACAAGUUGCAAGAUCUUCAUUAUCUACAAAAGUUAACAAUGAAAUCACUGAAGUGUUGACUCCAAUUGUCACUGAUGCUGUCUUGAGUGUUAAAAGUGAAGAAUCUUUAGAUUUACAUAUGGUUGAAAUAAUGCAAAUGCAACAUGAAAGUGCAAAGAAUUCAGAGUUGAUCAAAGGUUUAGUAUUGGAUCAUGGUGGUAGACAUCCAGAUAUGCCAAAAGUUGUUAAAAAUGCACAUGUUUUAAUUCUAAAUGUGAGUUUAGAAUAUGAAAAAACUGAAGUCAAUUCAGGUUUUUUCUAUAGUUCAGCAGAACAAAGAGAUAAAUUAAUUCAAUCUGAAAGAAAAUUUGUUGAUGAAAAAUUGAAAAAAAUUAUUGAUUUGAAAAAUGAAGUUGUUGGUUUAGAUUCUGAUAAAGGUUUUGUUAUUAUAAAUCAAAAAGGUAUUGAUCCAAUGUCAUUAGAUGUUUUAGCAAAGCAUAAUAUCUUAGCAUUAAGAAGAGCUAAAAGACGUAAUAUGGAAAGAUUACAAUUAGUUACUGGAGGUGAAGCACAAAAUUCAGUUGAUGAUCUAACACCAGAAAUUUUGGGUUAUAGUGGGAUGGUUUAUGAACAAACAAUUGGUGAAGAAAAAUUCACAUUUGUUACUGAAAAUAAGGAUCCAAAAUCUGUCACCAUUUUAAUCAAAGGUGCAACUAACCAUGCAUUAAAUCAAACCAAAGAUGCUGUAAGAGAUGGUCUUAGAGCUGUUGCUAAUGUUAUUAAAGAUAAAGGUGUUAUUCCAGGAGCUGGUGCUUUCUUCAUUGCUGCUUCAGAUUAUUUGAAGAAAAAUCUAUCGAACCUAGCUGAAGGUCGUAAUAAAACAGGUAUUGAAGCAUUUGCUGAUGCAUUAUUGAUUGUUCCAAAGACAUUAGUUAAAAAUUCUGGUCAUGAUGCACUUGAUGUUGUUUCUUCAUGUCAAGAUGAAUUAGCUGAAGAUAGAAUUAUUGGUGUUGACUUAAAUGCUGGUGAUUCUUGUGACCCAACUAUUGAAGGUAUUUGGGAUUCAUUCAGAGUUUUAAGAAAUGCUAUAACUUCAAGUGUUGGUAUUUCCAGUAAUUUGUUACUUUGUGAUGAAUUAUUGAAAGCUGGUCGUUCAUCAUUAAAAGAACAACCUCAAGGUCCUCCAGGUCAAUAG